CACAAAACCCUACCACAUCCCAGCGCUGGCAUCUCACGGGGAGGACUAGUAGUAUGCUCGCCGCCGCCUGGAGGCUGUCGCAGCGAGCCGUCACGUCUCCUCUCCUAGGCAUCGGGCGAUCCCAAAUCCGAAACCCUUUCUCCACCAUGGCGUCUCUCUCGCCGGCAGCCGCCUCGCCGAAGAGGCUGAGGGUCUACUCGUCUGCCGCGGCCGACGGUGACGGCGCGGGGAGCGGCAAGCGCGUGGGGACCCACAACGGAAGCUUCCACUGCGAUGAGGCGCUCGGCUGCUUCCUCAUCCGCCUCACCUCCCAGUUCGCCGGCGCCGACGUCGUCCGCACCCGCGAUUCCCAGAUCCUUGAUACAUUGGAUGCUGUUCUUGAUGUUGGGGGUGUCUAUGAUCCCAGUCGGCAUCGCUAUGAUCAUCACCAGAAGGGCUUCAGUGAGGUUUUUGGACAUGGAUUCAACACAAAACUUAGCAGUGCUGGACUUGUGUACAAGCACUUCGGCAAGGAGAUAAUUGCUAAGGAGCUUGGGGUUAAUGAGGAUCAUGAAGAUGUUCACUGUUUGUAUCUCGCGAUAUAUAAAAGCUUUGUUGAGGCACUUGAUGCGAUUGACAAUGGAAUCAAUCAAUAUGACACAGAUCAACCGCCAAAGUAUGUGAACAAUACACACUUGUCUUCACGCGUUGGACGCUUUAAUCUGGACUGGACUGAUCCAGACCAGUCACUUGAGAAGGAGAAUGCGGCAUUUGAACAGGCAAUGGUACUAGCUGGAAGUGAAUUUAUGGAGAGCGUUCGCUUCCAUGUUAAAUCAUGGUUACCGGCAAGGUCUAUUGUCCUGGAGUGUUUGUUAUCAAAAGGAAACAUUGAUCCAAGUGGAGAAAUCAUGGUUUUGGAUAGAUUCUGCCCGUGGAAACUUCAUUUAUUUGAGCUUGAAGAGGAGCUGAAGACUGAUCCUCUGACCAAGUAUGUGCUGUAUCAGGAUGAGAGGAGCAAGAGUUGGCGAGUCCAAGCAGUCGCAGUUGCUCCUGACAGGUUCGAGAGCCGAAAGGCUCUGCCAGAGAAGUGGAGGGGCAUGAGAGACGACGAACUUUCAGCAGAAACCGGCAUCCCUGGCUGUGUGUUUGUCCACAUGAGUGGCUUCAUUGGGGGCAACAAGACCUACGAGGGAGCAUUGGAAAUGGCGAGAGCUGCUCUGAAAUUCUGAUUCAACCAAAGCAUAUUACCCGUGUUACCAUUAUAUCAGUAAACACAUCAGUAACACAUGAUGCAGUUGCGCUUUCUCCAAUGUUAUCGUUGACUCGAGCCGUGGUUAACUGCGACUGAUUCUUGCACUGAUCUUCUGUUAUCCUCGUCUUACAGAAGAGGUCGAUUGACCCUUUUCAUUCUUUCGUGGGAUCUGGUAUUGUUUAGAAUGUGACGGUUUAUCUGAAAAAAAAUGAUGGAACUUUUUGUC